UUUUUCUUUUUCAACUAUCUUCACAGGGUUUUUAUGGUGGAUUCUUGGUCCGGUUUUGAUGCCUUUUAUGAUGACAGAUGCUUGGGUCAGGGACUGACACCUGGAGAGUGUUUGAACUGACUGGGACUGAGGUGUUAGGGCCCCAGAAAGCCCCCAGAAAAGAUAGGGAGGCAGUUCAGAAGUGCUUUCUGGUUUUAGAAAAUGCAGCAGGGCCUGGGGAGCCCCAGAAUGUGUGUGUGUGUAUGUACUGAGUUGAGGUGCACAUGUGGCCUGUGGGUUCCAUAACUCUGCUUGUCUACCCUGGGGGCUGGUAUCCCACAGGUCUGUUUACCGGUGAGUUGUUGUCACUGCUACCUCCUGGAAAAAUGGAAGGCAGCUUUUGGAUGAAAUGCCCCAACCUCGGAAUGGGUAUAGGUGGAUGUCUUCAGUUUUUUUGUGUGUCUAGCUUGGGGUUCUAGACAAAUAUUUGCCACUCUCUGGAGCAGGAAACUGUUCUGUUUGCAGGCAAGGUUCGUUGACGCCAGAAUCUUUCUCUUCGACUCUGCCCCCUCCCUUUUUCCUGAAGGCUCAGAGUUUAGUUUGCUUUCCUUUUGCUCUCGUGGUUUGGGGGCUCUGUUCCUCGCUCAGGGGCCCUGCUUCUAAGGGUGAAGGAGCCAGUAGGCUCUGCCUCAGACCAGAAUGUGCUGGCCUUUUUUCCUUGGGACUCACUGAGGGUUUGGAAGUAGGAGGCCGGCAGGAGAGAGAGUUCAUGGAGAGGCCACGUUUUCUAGGCGAUUAGCUCAGUAUUAGAACCACAAAAUGACCUCGGAAGCCCCUUGACCUCUCUGAGACUGGACAUUGUGUUGGCUCUUGCCUCCUGCCCAGAAGGGAAAGUCACACCUCUGCAGCGAGGGGUCCUUGGGCCGUUGCAUGUCCCAUCUCCACCCCCCAUUAGACUCCAACCGUUUUUUUUUUGUUUCUUUUCCUAUCUUGAAGUUUCUGGAUUAUUUUUCUAUUACAGUCCAUUGAAGAGAAAAUGCACACACACAAAAAAAUAGCUCAGCUGGGGGAGGGAAGUAGGGUGCUGGUUUCUCUUUCUGUGCAGAGCUCCUUUCCUCAGGCAGAUUCAGCCCCCCCAUCCAUGUCCAGUUCACCCCUCCUCCUUUCUUGUCCCUUUGGAGGGGCUGAGGGAAGAAAGACAAAAGGAGACAGAUAUGAGAGGUCCAGGGGCUUCAGAGGGCUAGAGGAACAAGCCCCUGGGUCCUAAGGAGAGAGAGGGCCCUCGUUGUGGUUACUGUCUCUUGAGGUCUGUUCUCCAAAUCCACAGAUUCUUGACCCAUUUUCUGAAGUCCCUUUGUUUAGAAAGCUAUUUCUAUAAUCACUGUCACCCACUUCCCCAUUCUCCAAUCCCAUCCUAGCUACUCACAGUGCCCACAGAGUACCUCCCCACCAAAGGAGCAAGAGAGAUGGGAGAAGGGUCAGUGUAGGCUGUCUGAUCAUUUUCAGGGACAGCUGUGCCACGUUAACCAAAGUUUCCAACAACUUUUAAGAGAUGCAUGGAGCAUUUGCUAAGAUGUGAACUCAACAGAGAGCCUUUCCAAAUCUGAAUUCUACUUGCUGUAUCUUAAAAAAUCUAUACCAGCAGCCAUCCUCUUAGGAGGGGAUAGAGACAAAGAGAGAGACAGACAGACUCCAGCUGGGAAGAGGAAAUGUUCCCUUGAGUUAAGACUAGGAGAAACAGAACCUUGCUGGGAUAUAUGUGGGAUGUUGGUUUGCAUUUUGUAAAUGGUCUCCUGUGUCUUGGGGACUGUCUCAAACAAGCAAUAACUGGCCUGGUGUUGGUUGGCAGCCUCUCCUUUGUCCCUGGGUGGCUUAACAAGUGCAGGGGCUGGUGGCCUUGGUAAGAAAAGGGAGCCAGCAGAAAGGCAAGCUGGACUCCUGAAAUGAAAAUAUUUGGGACUCAGGGGAGAUGUGCACCUAUAACUCCUCAGAGCAGAUAACCAGUUGUGAGCCCUCUAUAGGCUCAGGUGACAAAGAUCUAGUCACCUGGGUCUUUACAACCUACUUUCUGCCAUGUGAGGAUUACAGGUCCACCAAAGGAGAAGAGAAGGCUGGGGUUCCUUCAAACGGGACCUGAGGGACUUUCCCACCACCCUCGCUGCCAGACCCCCAACCUCUGUAGAGAUGAGUGCUGCCGGCAGGCUCCCCAGCCCCUUGGGCUCACCUUCUACAAUUCUAGCGGCCACCUCUAUCCUCCGAACCUUUGGACCUCUCUUCAUCCAGUUCGUCGGCCCUCCCCACGCUCCCUCCUCUUUGCACCCGCCUGGGCAAAGUGGGGUUGCCCGACUAGCCUGUGCCGCCGCCGCUGGGGCCGCCCCAGCGCCCGUGGUGGGUCUCCCAUGGAAGCGGCGGCCCCGGGAGGGGGGUCUGGUUCGAAAGCGGAGUUGGGAAGUUUCCCAGCGUGAGUUGAGCGCUGACGGAUUUGUGAUCGGCCAUAAAACCGGCGCGUUCAGAUUCGUAAAUCAAUCUCGCCUUUCUCACAGUAUAAACGUUCGCUUUAUCGGCAGCAAGAAAGCUCUCUGCUUGCGCCCCAGCGCUUGUUUAUUUGAACAUGGACAUUCCCAGGAUCCGAAAAGAGUGUGGGCAUUUGAACAGAACCUGCCCGGCGUGCCUCCGUGUCACCGGCUUUUCUUUAGCUCGUUCUUAAAAUGAAUUUACCAGUUUUGAGAUUGGUGUCUUCCCAUGCUCCCGCAUAUUCUCUCCUCUCUUCUCUGCUACCCUCGCCCCCGCCCUCUAUUUUUCUUUUAGACUUUAGUGGCCUGCUUUUCUUGGGGGGAGGGCAGUUUUAAUGGAUUUCUCUGGCCAGGACCUUGCAGGGAGUUGCCCUCGCUGGAGCCGGGCGCCGGGCUGAAUUCAAUACCAGUCUGGGUUUUGUAUCUGCACAAUCAAAGCCGAUCACCCCCCUACAGAGCCCGGGCCCUUCGGCGCCCCACCCGAGCGUUGAGAGCGGUAUUCUUAGGGGACCAGGCCGGCCCAGUGCUCGGCCGGGGGCCCGCGCCGCCGCUCCCGCUGGACCCAGACACCACCUGGGUUGGCGGUUUCUUCAGGGGUGGUGAGGGCACCUGGGUCCUCAACUUUCUCCCCCUCGAGUUGCUUUUGGUUGAGACCCCUCCAGACAAACCGCUGGCGGCUCCUCGGCCCCCUGCCCCCGUCCCAAACCACAUCUGUUCUUCCCUGUCCGCCGGCCCCUGCGGCUGCCCCAGAGCUGCUGAAGAUAAGGCUGGAAGUGUGGGCUGGACGAGGGGCUCCUUCAGGAAUGUCUUCUCUGCUUCCCUUUGCAACCCCAUCCCACACCGUGGCCAAAGACUCCGAUUCGAUUCUGGGACUCUGGUCAUAUCUGGUCUGCUCCUUCUGGCGCCAAGCUGUAUGUGAAGGUUUGGAGGGAUGUUUUGUUUUGUUUAUAUCUGAGAUGAAGAAGUCUGUGUGUGUUUCUCUCUCUAGGCAGAGAGGAUGGAUUUCUUCUAUCAGCACUGGUGUUUAACCCUUCAAUAUGAAACCCCUCAUCUUUUUCCUAUUGAUCUGUCUCCAUUGUGUGCUGAUUGGAAGCUGGGGGGCCGGGUACUAACACCUGGAAAAUAGGAACUGGGCUGUCAGGCCAACUUCAAAGCCUCUUUCUUCCCUCUCCUCCCCUCCAGUUCAAACCUCUAGCUAUCUUCACUGGUGUGUUGUGGGUGGGGAGUGACUGAGGCAGGGUGUGACAUAAGUAUCCAGAGAUUAAGCGCCCACUUCUUUUGUGUAGGAAUCUUCUUACUCCAGGUCUUUGUCUCUAGAGCGUAUUCUCAAUAGAAUUUGGUUCCCUCUAACAGUAACAACACAAGGAAAAAAAGUCCCCCUUGUGGUUACUCUCAACUCUGGAAGCUCCCAAGUCAUCUCUUCACCCUGUCCCCUUUCUGCCCUUUCAAAAGGUACCACAAAAGAUUUUUUAAAAAAGAGAAUCAAAGCCAGAAACCCCCUUCUUUAUACACAUAUAAUCUGGAUCUAUGAAAUGUUUCUUUUGAAGCUGGUCCCUUUAGAAAUUUUGUUGGUCAUUUAAGGAAGAGGGGGAGUAUGCCCCACUAAAAUAUCCUAGGAGUAAGGGUAAAAUAGAGUUGGGGAGAAUGUUAAUGUUAAAGGAUGUAGAGAGAGGAACUGGAUGCUGAGAAAUCCAGGGGCUUGGAGAAGGACUCUGUGCCCAUCCCACCCCACCCCCCGAGACGCCCCUGCAGACUAUUUCUGCACCUUCACAAACUAAGCAGAAGCAGGAGGAGAAGGGAGAGAGGAGAGGUGGGCUGUGGGUAAGUGUGUGUCUUGGGGGGAUGCUGGUUAGGAAGUGUAGAAACAGCAGAUACAGAUAUGAAUGUGGGAAAGAGAACUGGCUACUAUUCCAUUGGUGGGUUGGGGGGAACCUAUUUCGCAGGAAAAUUUCUCCUCCUGAAGGGGAAGGUCAUAGUGGUCCUUUGAGCCUGAAAUCGAAAGACCCCCUUCCCCCUCCUGGUCACGUGGUUCAUUAAAUAAUUAAUGCCGAGGUUGCAGAAUAGAUAUGUAUUCGUCAGGAAAAUCACAGGCUCGGUCUCCCUGUUUCUGACGUGCAAUUCAACUGUCCUUUGAAAAACAAGCCUGUACCCCGAGAAAAAAAAAGAGAGGGGGAGAGAGAGGGAGAGAGAGAGAAAAAGAGAGGGAGGCAGCAAUAAAACAGCCCCGCAGCCGGAGCCACACCGCGGGCUGGGGUAUUGUAAGUAGAAGGGAUUUCUCACUACCUACCGCGUCUUAUAUGUCCAUGUAAAUUUAUUGUUUGUUAUUAAUGUUAUUGUCGUAAAAUGUGACAAAUAGCCAUCUUCAUUUCCUGCCAUUUCUCUUCACAUGGUGCUCUGUGUGUUUGUACCCAUUGAGGCAUUGCAUAGAGAUUUUAGGAAUAUUCCUCUUCUCUCUCUCUCUCUCUCCCUCUCCCUCUCCUCCAACCUUUUUCUUGAUUUAUAGCAAUAUGGGUGUCAGCUUCUCGGCCGGCAUGCCAGCCAUUGUGUGUGUGUGUAUGUGUGUGUGUGUGUGUGUGUGCGUGCGUGCGCGUCUGCGUGUGUUUGUGAGCGAGUUGUGUUGUUUAUGGCCAUGUCUUUGAUAAAUCAUUUCUCACAGAAAAUGAUGUGGAAGCUGGGCUAUUUCUGCGGCCGGGAAAGAGUCACUCUCGGAGGCACUUCCUCUCUCUCUGCUCUGCUCCCAGGAGUUGGUUAUUUCAGACGAUUUACAGUAAUAUAUCAGCAGUUAAUAUGAAAGCUCUAUAGCUGGAGGUCUUAAAUUACAGCAUCUGUGAUUAUCAAUUAAGGUGAGAUUUGUAUAAAUUUGGUAAACUAGAAAUGCCUCAUUGGCAUAUAAACCCAGUCAAAGACCACGACCUAAUAUAAAAAUUAUAUUUGUGAGCCUGAUAACAGCCAACAUUCCUGCAGCAGCAGACAGAGCUUCAUUUUUCAGCGGUUCCCCUCCAGGAGUUUGGCUGCUCCGACGCUGCCAGGGGUAAAGAACCCAACUCUGAAGGCAGAAGAAGCCUGGGGGAAAGAGAGGUGGAGGCAGGAGAAGAAAUUACUGAAGUUGAAGGCAAAGAUGUUUGCAAUCCAUGGGGACCAAAAAGAAGUCCUCUGCAACUGGAAGGGGCUGGAGGGAUUUGGUUAUAGUGUUCAAGCUUAACCUAUAGGACUGACCUGUGUGACAGAGAGUUGAGGGUGGAAUAGGAGCUACCCAAGCUGGGGAAGACAAUGGAGGCAGAGGCUGAAGGGCAGGGAGGGAAGCUGAAAGCUUUGGCUCCCCACCCUUCUAUCUAACAAAACAAGGAAGUGAAUUCACACCCUAGUAGCCUUCCUUCCACCUCCUGAAACAAAGAAAGUUUCCUCAGCGGUGAGGGACUGUGUGUUGAGGGCUAAAGGAGGGAAAAGUUAUCUUAAGUUUUUCUAGAAGAGAAAUGUUUCUAGGUGGUCUCAGAAAGUUGGAGAGCAUUUCAGGACACAGGGUGUGUUCCUCUCCAUAGUCCCCAUCCAAAGAGGGAGCAAAUGGGGUACAGAUUGGGAGGGGAAGAGGUCACAGUACCUCCCCACUGGGGAGGGGUCUGCCGGUUGAGAGCAAAGCCAGAGGUGGCUUUUAGGGAUGUUAUGCACUGCCCCCCCCCCCAAAGUUGUUAUGGAGGAGAGGCAGAGGGACAGAACCUUGGCCAAGUCCCAUUGGGGCUGCUAGCAUCUCCUUCCCUGGCUGGAGCCCGGCCAACUGACUUUAUAGCCACUAUUAUCUGUGAUACUUAACUCUGCCUGCUAGUGUAAACCUUUGAGCAGGAAAAUUAGAGUGAUGCCGCGCCCAGGUGUUAAUUAUUCAUGGCAUCAGCUGUGCUUUGGAGUGGCUGCUUAGGCCCUAGUCCACCUAGGAACUCACUCCCACGCUUUGGUCCAAGUGGGUACUGAGCCCUGUCCUUGUGAACAGACAGCGUUUGGGGUGGGUGGUAGGUGAGGCCUCCCAAUUUGGGAGUCUGGGUUGAAAAGGGUUCAGUGAGAAAGAGAAGGAGAAGGCCAAGACCUUGGCUGGGAUGGGUCGGGGCGUUACCUGGCCUCGCUAAAAGGAGCUGGGGAGAGACUGGAUUCAAGGGCAGCUUUGACAGGGCUGGAGAGCAUGGGGAGGUGUGAAGGACUGGAGGAGCAGCAGAGAGGCCUGAGGGAUAGGGGGCUUCAGGCCCCCCAUCCUUGGUGUUGGAGAAGCCCCCCACCCCUAAGUGUGGGAAGCAACUAUUUCCUUCUCCCUCACCUGGGAAGUGAUGGGGGCGAGUUCAUCCUCAAUCCAGUGCUUCAGGAUUGAGGCUGAAGUCUUAGAAUCCCUGAGCCAGGGGGAAGGGAACAGUUGGGUGUUGGUAGCUUCUGAGCUCAGCCUGUUUUGGAGGGUGGGGAAUAGCAGAAGAAGGCUGAAGGGUUUGCUCCCUGGGACAGGCCAGAGGAGAGCUGGGAGCCAACCUCACAGGCCCUUGCCUCUGUUCUUCCAACUCCCCUUUCUGUGUCGCCCCCUGUCACAAUGGAGGCCUGAUAUCCACCACGGCCCCCCCCCCCCCCGCUUUUCCUCUCCAUUCUUUCUGCCCCCUUCAUGUCUUUGUCUCUUCUGGCCCUGGGGAUACCCCCUCCUCUUCUCUUCCCUGGGAGACAAAAGCAGGGAGAACAUCCCUCUCUACCAUUAUUUUUUAGUCAGUCUCUGGCCCCUUGCUAAAUCUCCUUGUGUGAGGCCUGAUGCCCUCCAUCCAGGCAUAUAGGCCUACCCUCCAGAUCAGCAGGUUUGUUGUUUUUUAAACAUUUGGUUCAUGUAGCUAUGAAGUGCCCUGCUUCUUACAGUUCUGCACACAGACACACACACACACAGACACACACACACACACACACACCCCAUUGGCUUUUGUGCUGUUCAGGAGAUGGGGCAGAAUGUAUUUGAUAGAAGGGGCUUUAGGAAAGCUGCUGACUCUUACCUUCUCCCCAGACUCUGCUGGAGUCCACUUUUGUGUGUAUAAUUAUAGUGUUUAUUCCUGUGCCUUUUAAGAAGCUGGGCUGCCAGUGCUUUAAUGAGCAGAGGAGUUAGAAAGAUGAGGAAAGAAAGUUAGAAGGAAAAAAGAGAGGGUUCCAGAGAGAGAAGCAGCAGCAGUUUCCCUUUCAGAGGAGGGAGGUCAAGGCAGAGCCCAAGGAGAGGAUGACAGGGAGAAUGAAGACAAAGGCCACUCAGAGGGGCAGGGAGGCUGUCCUGGCAGAAGGCACCCCCCAAUUUGGAUAGGUACAUACACAGGAGUUAAGUGAAAAGGGAAGUGGAAAGGAAACCACUCACUUUGGCCCCCUUCUCUGUAGAUGUCUCCAUGGCAGAAGGAUGAGUACCCCCCUACCCCCAAGAGGACAGGGCCCUGAGACCAAGGGCUUCACAUUACCCAGAGGGGCAGCCUAAUCGAGUCCAGAAGUGAUUUCUGGAGAUACUCUGAAGUUGAAGUCCUUAGCAAAGCCCCAUUCAAAUUCACUAAACACAAAGAGAGAAGCAGAGUGUAAGAAGACAAAAAGACUGUGAGAAAGGGACAGAGACCACAGAGAUGGUUAGAAAAGGCAGAGAGAGGGAGAAAGAGAGGGAGGGAGGAGGGAGAGAGGAGAAAAACAAAUAGAGAUAGACAUGCAGAGAAAGAGCCCAUCCCCUUGGGGUGGGCGGCAUUGAGGAAAGGACUGUAGGGUCUGGAAGCUCCUCCAGGCUCUGUGCCUUCUCACAGGCAGCUGCCCAAAGCCGAGGCCAUCCCAGAAGCAGCGUCUCUAGAGUAGGCCCUGGGGGUGCUAAAUCAGGUGUGAAGCAGCUGGGGUAGGAACUGGUGUUGAGAAUGGCCAAGAUGUCUUGGGCACUUCAAACUCCUCUUCCACCACCAUCUUCAGUAACUUAAAGAUUGGAAUCUUCCCAAAGAGAAUCCCACCCUGGGGUGGGCUGCCGGUUGUUGUCAGUCUCUCACACCAGGACCCUGGGACUCCUUCCUUGGCCUCUUUCCCCCUCCUGCGUUUGGUCUCUUCUUUCCCUCUUCAGGGGCAGGGAGAAGUUGAUCUUCCAGCAGCCUGAGAACUUUCCCUUUCACCUCCAAUCCACAUCUUCUCCCUUGAAGCCCUGGCCAGAACACAUGGAUGCUACCCUCGCUGAUCUUUCUCCAUCUUUCUGGAAAGAAAAGGAAAAGUGGAAAGUUGCCACCAGCCUAAGCAGCUUAGACAACUCCAGGGAAAAUGGAAAACCUUGCUCGCCUCUCCAGUCCCUCCCCUGGCCGCCGCUGGGCUCCCCCGUCGCGCCCCCCAUGCUCCCGUCCUGUCCUGCUCAGAAUGCUCUCCCUUCCCCUCCCUCCUCCGCCGGGCCGGACAUAUGGAACCCAUUUCGCCGGUGACAUUGAAGAGCCGCUGCGCGCCCGCCUUCCGCCAUGGCGCCCCCGAUUCCCCGCGCCCCAGCAGUCGCCGCUCCUCUCCCCCGGCCGCUCGGCCAUCUCACGCCUCGAAGCCUCGACCCCGCUCCGCGCCGGGCCCGCCAGCCUCCCGCAGCCCCACGCGGCCGGCCGCGCGCCGCCUCGAGUGCCGAACAAAGCGGCGGCCGCGGCAGGCGGGCUGGGGGAGUGCUUCCGGGCCUCUCCCCGCGUCGGCCGGUGGGGCCGGGAUGCUGCCGGCCGCUCAGCCCCCGCUGGCGCCCCGGGUCCCAGGCCCGGCCAGCCGCCUGCCUCUGCCCGCGCCCUAGCAGAACCGCACAGGAGGGGAGAUUUCUCGCCUGCCGCUCGCGCUGGGGCUCGAUGUGAAUAUAUAUUAUGUCUGCCUGUUCUCCCCUCGUCGGUGGCUAAGGUCAACCGCUACGAACAGAUCCCGGGAGGAGGGGGGCAGAAAGGGGGGGGGUCCGGCGUGCCACGUGACCCCAAGGGGUGCCAAUGUCCGGUCGUGAGGGUAUCUGGCCCUUGCAAGUUGCCACCCACCACCAGGGCCUCACCCAGCGAUGCAGAAAGCCACCUAUUACGACAACACCGCCGCCGCACUCUUCGGAGGCUACCCCUCAUACCCUGGCAGCAAUGGCUUCGGCUACGACGGUCCCCCUCAGCCCCCCUUCCAGGCCGCCACGCACCUGGAAAGUGACUACCAGCGCUCAGCGUGCUCGCUGCAGUCCCUGGGCAACGCCGCCCCGCACGCCAAGGGCAAGGAACUCAACGGCAGCUGCAUGAGGCCGGGCCUGGCCUCGGAGCCCCUGCCGGCCCCGCCCGGCUCGCCCCCGCCCAGCGCCGCACCUACCAGUACCACUAGCAACAGCAGUAACGGGGGCGGUCCCAGCAAAAGCGGCCCCCCCAAGUGCGGUGCCGGCUCCAACUCCACCCUCACCAAACAGAUAUUCCCCUGGAUGAAAGAGUCGAGGCAAACGUCCAAGCUGAAAAACAGCUCCCCUGGCACAGCGGAGGGCUGCGGCAGCGGCGGCGGAGGAGGCGGCGGCAGUGGCAGCAGCGGGGGCGGCGGCGGAGGAGGGGACAAGAGCCCCCCGGGGUCUGCGGCCUCCAAGCGGGCGCGGACGGCGUACACGAGCGCGCAGCUGGUGGAGCUGGAGAAGGAGUUCCACUUCAACCGCUACCUGUGCCGGCCGCGCCGCGUGGAGAUGGCCAACCUGCUGAACCUCAGCGAGCGACAGAUCAAGAUCUGGUUCCAGAACCGGCGCAUGAAAUACAAGAAGGACCAGAAGGCCAAGGGCCUGGCCUCGUCUUCGGGGGGCCCCUCUCCAGCCGGCAGCCCCUCGCAGCCCAUGCAGUCCACGGCCGGCUUCAUGAACGCCUUGCAUUCCAUGACCCCCAGCUAUGAGAGCCCGUCCCCGCCCGCCUUCGGCAAAGCCCACCAGAAUGCCUAUGCGCUGCCCUCCAACUACCAGCCCCCCCUCAAAGGCUGCGGCGCCCCGCAGAAGUAUCCCCAGACCCCGGCGCCCGAUUACGAGCCUCACGUCCUUCAAACCAACGGGGGCGCCUACGGGACGCCCACCAUGCAGGGCAGCCCCGUGUACGUGGGCGGGGGCGGCUACGCGGAUCCGUUGCCGCCCCCUGCCGGCCCCUCCCUCUACGGCCUCAACCACCUUUCCCACCACCCCUCGGGGAACCUGGACUACAACGGGGCGCCUCCUAUGGCCCCCAGCCAGCACCACGGACCCUGCGACCCCCACCCCACCUACACAGACCUCUCCUCUCACCAUGCGCCUCCUCCUCAGGGUAGAAUCCAAGAAGCGCCCAAGUUAACACACCUGUGAUGGGAGAGGGACGGCUGAGGGGCAGGUCUUGGGGUGGAGAAGACCCAGGGGGGGCGGGGGCUGUGGAGUUGGGUGCAGUCGGGAGGUCUGAAAGAGGAGGCAGGGAGAUGGCAGCCAGGCUUCCUGGGAAGAAAGGGCCUGGAGCUCCUUCCCCUCCCCCUGGCCUGAGAGGUUGCUUUUUAAGUCCUGCAGCUCUUGUUUAGUCUGCCUGCCAACCCAUUGGAAAGGAAUCUACAGCAGAUUGGAGAUGACCCCAUCAACCCUAGGCCUCCAGCAAUAUCCAGUUGGAAUUCCACCUUAGGGAGUCGGGUAGAGGAAGAGGAGAUAGGGAAACAGGCAAAGAAGCACAUUUUAAAAAACAGACAAGAUGGCUAGGCCAUCACCAGCCAACCAACCAACUUACCUUCCAUGUGGUUAAUUCCCCCAAAUCUUGAUUUUUCUUUCCUGGCAAUUCUCCUUUAAAAAAAAAUUUUUAAUACAUUUCAAAACCAAGGGCACAAAGCAUGUCCCCCUCCCACUUUCCUGAAUCCUCAGAUUUCUUCCCAUGAUAGGAGAAGGUUGAUUGGGCACUCCAUUUCUAGUCCCAUAUUUUUCUGCUCUAGGACAUUAAUAUACAUACCCCACCCCUAUCAAUUACACUCUUCAGAGGGCUCAGGGAUGGUGAGAGAUCCUGAAAGAGCUGUCUAUAUUAUAAAUAUAUAUAUAUAUAUUUUCUUUUAUGGCAAAGCUGGGAGGUGAGGGCAGGCAAGUUGUCAGGACUAAAGGUCUGCCCAUUCCGCUGGACUAAAGGUCUGCCCAUUCCGCUGUCUCCCAUCUCAGCACCAGGUCCAUCCCCCUCUCUUCAUAGAAAGCAGUCGGUGACAGCGAGGUUCUACACUUUUCUUUUCUUCUGUUGCUCUCUUGACUUAACGUGAAAACAGGGUAUAUUUUGACAAACUGUCCCAGGCGGGGGCUGCAGCUGGGCCUGUGUGCCUUGCUCAACCCUGGACAGGACACUUUUGUUGCACUUAGAGUUUACAUUUUAAUGGAUAUAAAAACAACUGUGAGAGAUGCCUGGGCCUGCAGGAGUCCAGCAUUGCUCAAAAAACGUGUGUUCUAGUGAACAUUUUCAUAUAUAUUUAUUGGUUAUAGCUUGUUAAAAUAUUUUCUUUUUUUGUAUUAUUUAUCCCCCUACCAUAUUAUGUAUUUAUAUGAGGAAAAAAGGAAAAAAUUGUACUUUUUUUUUUUAGUAUUUACUUGUUAUAAAGGACGUUGUGUUCCCUGUCAUGUAAAACCAGCUAUUUUAGUUAUUGUACUCUAGAAAAAAGCUAUAGAUUUAUGUUAAACUUGUACUUAUGAACAAUUGUAAUUAGUUCUAAAAGGCAUGAACUCAGCUCCUAAUUGUCACUGUAUAGUCCUGAAUUUGUAGAAUUAGAGUUAAUUCCCUCUUGGAACUUUCUUUGUUCUUCUGUAGUUACUUUUUUUCCUUACUUAAAAGGGUUGUCUGUCAUAUAAUUCUUGAAUAAACUUUCUGUUAUCAAUUUUA